CUCAAGUCAUAGGGUAGUACUAAAAUGAUUAAAUUUGAUUGAUCAAAUGGGACCGUCCAAACUCCAUAAAGUAAAUUGCUUAACGGCAUUUUGUGAGAGGAUAUAAUCAACUUUGCUCCAUUGAAAUGGAAAAAGCGAUUAUUCUAUUUGAGUCCUCAUCAAACCGACAUCAUCCCUCAAAAACCAACUUGUUCGCGUUCCACCACGCGGCUGCCUCAAACGAAAUCGAUUAUUCCCCUAAUUCCAUCCCUGUACCGCACAAGCGUAAAAACAGGCUUUGUCAGCAUCCAGCAUCGACCAUCUUGGCAAGAUGAAAAUCCAGUUAAAUUGGUGCGUAUAGUGUUUCGAGCUGUAAAAGGGGUUGCUUGGAGGUAGCAAUAGAGCGUUUUUUUGGAAUACAACGAGAUAUUGAUUUUGGUUAUUUUUUUUUUUCGAUAAUAUAAAAUCAUGAAUCGUUUCGGCAGUUUCAAAUUGCCGCCGUUAAGUGCCGCCGUUAAUGUUGCUAACCAAAUCAAACGACAAAUUAUUCCUUCGUCGCAACAGGCUCCGACUACCGAGGGCCAUGGACGUCAAGGAGAAAGGGUUCACUUUGCCCAAUUGCCCACUCAAAAUCAUACAUCGCACGGUGGUAUCAACCACGAGCAUCACGAAAUGGCAAACAUGCAAUCUAGCACCAACCCAUUUGGUACAACAACCAAUCCCAGCAACCCCUUUUUGCAAAAUCAAAUGGAUAGUGAUGGUUUUCAACAGGAAAGUAAUUUUACUAACAACCAAGAAGGUAUGAUGGUAAAGCAACAUAGCAGAAUGUCAUCAGUGGAUUUUUCGGAGAAUAGUGAUUUUGUCGAAGGCAAGAGCGACGUGAAAAUUAGCGAAUAUCAAGCUGCCUGGAACGUUACCAAUGCUAUUCAAGGAAUGUUUAUUGUGUCUCUUCCGUUUGCUGUAGAAAUAGGAGGGUAUUGGGCCAUCGCCGCCAUGAUAUUUGUAGCGCAGAUUUGUUGCUACACCGGCAAAAUUUUAGUAGAUUGUCUGUACGAGAUUGAUUUGCAAACUGGAAGACGAAUACGAGUAAGAGAUUCGUACGUGGCCAUAGCAAGAGAGUGUUUUGGCAAAAAUUACGGUCCCAAAAUAGUUAGUAUCGCCCAAGUAAUCGAAUUACUGAUGACUUGCAUCCUCUACGUGGUGGUGUGCGGCGAUUUAAUGAUCGGCUCGUUUCCUGAAGGAGCAAUCGAUACAAGAUCUUGGAUGAUGCUCGUCGGGAUUUUUCUAUUACCCCUAGGUUUUCUGAAGUCACUGAAAAGCGUCUCCCUUCUGUCAUUCUGGUGCACAAUGUCCCACAUUUUGAUAAACAUAAUAAUCGUGGGCUAUUGCCUAUUGUAUAUCGGCGAAUGGGGUUGGGGCAACGUAAAAUGGACUUUGGAUUUGAAAAACUUCCCAAUUAGCUUAGGAGUGAUUGUGUUUUCUUACACUUCUCAAAUUUUUUUGCCGACUCUAGAAGGUAACAUGGAAGAUCCUUCAAAAUUCGAUUGGAUGUUAGAUUGGAGUCACGUAUGGGCUGCUGUUUUCAAAGCAGGGUUCGGUUAUAUUUGUUUUUUGACUUUCCAAAACGAUACCCAGCAAGUUAUCACUAAUAAUUUACACUCUGCUGGGUUUAAAGGACUGGUGAAUACUUGUUUGGUCAUCAAAGCCUUGCUCAGUUAUCCUUUGCCGUUUUAUGCUGCUUGUGAGCUUUUGGAAAGGUCAUUUUUCAGGGGCAAACCAAAAACACCGUUUCCUUCAAUUUGGGAUCAAAACGGUGACCUUAAGGUUUGGGGAUUGGCCUGGAGGGUGAGUGUUAUUUUAUUUACAAUUCUCAUGGCCUGUUUUAUACCGCAAUUUCAAAUUUUGAUGGGUUUCAUUGGGAGUUUUACCGGUACUAUGCUCAGUUUUAUUUGGCCUGCUUAUUUCCACAUUAAACUUAAAGGUAACACGCUGGAUAGGAAAACUAUUAUUUUUGAUUACUUUAUUAUUUAUUUGGGUUGUAUAUUUGGGGUGAUUGGGAUCUUCGAUUCUGGUAGGGCGCUUAUUGAUGCUUUCUCUAUUGGGCUUCCAUUUUAAUUCCAUUUAAUUUACAAACAAAAAGAUGACAUGAAGAAGGUGCCAUAUAAGCAGCAUACUUUUCACAAUUAGUUAUGUGAAUUGGAAAACGAACUUCAUUAUAGGUAGGUGAAUAUUUGAAAAGAUUUUUUAAAUAUUUAUAUAUGUAAUAAAAAAUAUACCCGUUAUUGUUGCACAAGGUUGGUUUAGCCUAUAGAUGUCCAACAAAAUUUAAAUUUUUAGAAAAACCUAUAUACAUAUUUUAAGCCAACGAAGUCUUCCAUUUUGAAAACUGCUGAUAAUAAUAUACAAUUAAAUGUUUGGUGUAUUUUUAUUGAUUAAUUAAAUUAUGUAUCAAGUAUUCAUAAAGUAGGAAAAAAAAUUAUUGAUACAAAAUAACAUGACAAUAAAAAUGUAAAUAUAUAGAUUUUCUUGUUUCAACUAAUUUUGUUAAUUAUGUUUUUGAUUAGGCACAAAACGACACUUUGUCUAAUGCAGACAAAGAAUAACUUAAGUCAUUUAGCUCUAGUCAAUUCUGGAAAUAAAAUAAUUAGAUUUAAGACCAACGUAAUUGAAUCUAGCUCUAUUAGUAUAAAAUGUAAUAAAACAAAAAUUAAUAUUAUUGAUGGUGAUUUAUAGAAACAAAUGUCUUCCAAAUAAUGUAAAUCUGUCUUCCAAGAUACAUAUUUAUUCAUUAUGUGUACUAAAAAUGUUCUUAAAUGUGUAAAAAUCUAUUUACUAUUAUAUUAUUGUAAAAUGUACCUAGUUAUACAUUUGUUAGCGAUUAGGAAAACUUGUUGAAAAAUUGUUACACUAAAUGUAAAAAAAUGUUAGAUGUAAAAAUCGUCUCGUUUAUAUUGAGAGUUCCAUCAAUGCACAAUAAAAUAGACAAACCAAAAAUAUUUUAUCAAAAUAAUUUUUGAGGUCCUUGCAAAAUUGUGAUUUGUAUUGAAUUUUAUUUGGAACAAUAUACCUUAUAUCAAUUUCCAAGAAAAUAAAAAACGUGCAAUGCAAUAAUUCUAGUUGUAACUAUUUUUAAAAUGAUACCUAUAUAAAUCAAUGUAUAUUAUACAAGUGAAUGCUAAUAUAAAACUCGAA